AUGGAACAGCGGUUAGCCGAGUUCCGAGAGGCCCGGAAACGGGCCGGGCUGGCGGCCGAACCCAGCACUUGCAGGCAGAGCGCACAAACCUCGGGAGAGAAGGCGGAAGCAACUGCCACUCCAAAGUCAGCCCCAGGCUGGCUAAGACGGUUCCUGGUGUGGAGACCGAGGCCCGCGAGUGCCCCGGCCCAGCCCGGCCUCGCUCAGGAAGCCGCUCAGCCUGGGAGCAGCACGCCACAGCCCCCACGGAGGACAGCCGUUCCCCCACCGUUGCCGCGGGACCAGUCCUUCCUGACCAGCAUCACCUUCUUGAAGGUUCUUCUCUGGUUGAUCCUGCUGGGACUGUUUGUGGAACUGGAAUUUGGCCUGGCUUAUUUUGUCCUGUCCUUGUUCUAUUGGAUGUAUGUCGGGACACGAGGUCCCGGGGAGAAGAAGGAGGGAGAGAAAAGCGCCUACUCUGUGUUCAACCCGGGCUGCGAAGCCAUCCAGGGCACCCUGACUGCAGAGCAGUUAGAGCGCGAGUUACAGCUUAGACCCCUGGAAGGGAGAUAGGAGCAGCUCUGCUGCACGCCUUGGCCCUCCUAGCCCUUGGCCGUGGACCUGUGGGAUUGUUCAGGUGCCCCAGACUAAGGACGGCUUGCAGGCUAGUCCUGUGACAGCGCAGUUCUACCUGUUUUCCCUGAUCUGCUGCAGUUUUAUCUUUGAACUUCUCUUUGGUUUUGGUGAAAUUCCCUGAAAGAUACUCACUGUGUAUCUGAUGCAAUUAUAAAAAUUACAUACUGGAGA